AUGACAGUCUCUUCCACUGUCCAGCCUCUCAAGGCCUCUGUGCCAGCGGUUGCACAAAUGGCAGAUAUGCCUCAUCGUACACUCAGCAAGUCGAUGACCUUUGCCAAUCUAGACCAAUACCAAUAUUGGCAUGCCGUCGGUCCUAUGCUGGGGAGGAUGCUUUCCAACGGCAACUACAGCAUCCAUCAGCAGUAUGAAUAUCUGUGUCUCUUCGCACAUAUCAUAAUCCCAAAGCUGGGACCAUUCCCAGGCGGGAGAGACAUAUACAAAUGUCUGCUCGGAGGCACCGGCUCCGUGGAGCUCAGUCAGAAUGUCCAGAAAUCAGGCUUGACUGCACGCAUUGCUUUCGAGCCCACAAGCUACAUUGCUAGCACCGGAGUCGACCCGCUCAACCGGCACACGGUGCACGCUACCCUGGCCGAAUUGAGGGCUAUCGGGUCUGCCACCAUCGACAUGGAGCUGCAUCAAAUGCUCGUCUCCGAGCUGACGUUGACGGACCGCGAGGAAAGGCUUAUGUCCCCGGGACAGAUCUCCGGAACUGCGUGGAAGACGCAAAUUCUGCUUGCUUUAGAUUUGGGACAGUCCGGCGGCAUCACGGUCAAGGAGUAUUUCUACCCAGCACUCAAAGCCUCCGUGACCGGGCAAAGCGUGGCCAAGUUGUGCUUUUCUGCUAUUCGGAAAGUGGACAAGGAGGGAAUUUUCGAAUCUCCGAGUAAGGUCAUCGAGACCUAUAUGCAAACUCAAACCCAGACAGAUCUCUACUUUUUGUCCUGUGAUCUAGUCGAUCCAGCGCAAACUAGGAUUAAGCUUUACCUCAUGGAGCUCGACAUGAGGCUGGCAAAGGUUGAGGAGCACUGGACAAUUGGCGGCAAGCUCAACGACGAAGAGACUUUACUUGGGCUGCAAAUGCUGCGAGAGUUGUGGGUGGAGUUUGGGAUUAUUGAGGGCUUGCGCAAUGAGCCGGAGCGGCCAUCGCUGCCCGGGGAUCCCGACACUAUUGUUCCAUUCAUCAUGAACUACGAGAUGAAUCCCGGCGAGGUAUUGCCCAAGCCCAAAUUCUACUUCCCCUUGGUUGGCAUUUCGGAGCUGAAAAUUGCCAACGUGCUCACUGCAUUCUUCGAACGCUACGAUAUGCCUGAGCAGGCCGCAGUCUAUCGCGAUAAUUUGCAGACAUACUACCCCAGCAAGGACUUGGCUGUCGCAACGGAUCAUCAGGCUUGGCUGUCCUUUUCAUACACUAAGAAGAAAGGACCGUACCUGACUAUGUACUAUCACUAG